GAAAACUAACGACGGGACUCUGGACCAGCGACUGAAGCAGACACGACAGAGAAGCUUGUUCACGCUCUGUGACGACCCGGCUCAGAACCCUGGUAGACUCUGUGAUGCUAGCUACCAUCACUGGUUGAUUCUUAACCGCCGCUAAACAUCGUGAUCAUGCUAACUUAAAAAACAGGUGAAUCUCUAAACGCUAGAAACAACCGACGAGACAAAGGAAAGCCUUGUUGUUUAAAUUAUUCAGAAGCCUCGCAGGCCGGGUGAGUCAACAUGGCCGACCCCUACCAAAACAACAUGUACCAACAACAAGGGGGCGACAGUUACGGGACGUACGGAGAAGGCGGAGGCCCUAACGGGUACGGUUACCAUACAGACUACCCUCCGCAGGAAGAGGACGCCGCGAGCGACGCGACGGAAGGACACGAUGAAGAGGAUCAGAUGUACGAGGGAGAAUAUCAAGGGAUACCGCACCCUGACGAGGUGAAGGCGGCUCAGAGGGCGGCACGGGCGAAAGCUCGGUCCGCCAGAAAUGCUGUCUCCGAACUGGAGGAGUUGUCCGAGCAGUACGAGGACAUCAUGGAAGACUGUGGCCACGGGAAGUUCCAGUGGACGCUCUUCAUCGUGCUGGGUCUGGCGUUAAUGGCUGAUGGGGUUGAAUGUUUUGUGGUGGCGUUCGCUCUUCCAUCCGCAGAAAAGGAUCUGUGUCUGUCCAACGCGGAGAAAGGAAUGCUGG